CGGAAUUCACAGGCUCGUAAAUACACAUACUACGUCCCAGAUCCAAAUCCUCCAUGCUCCUAAGCUUCGUUUUCUGUUGAACAUCGCCUAAACAAUUCAGAUCUCGGUCUCAAUAUUUAGGCCGGAAAUUUUCUGUCUUCAGUGGGUCUGUUCGUGAUUCAUCUUUUGUUCUGUUUUCUCUCACUUGGGUUGGAUCCGAUUUAGCUUUGAGAGAGCUUCACCACGAACCCAAUCAUGAAUCCCUUCUCUACAGGGACGAGCUUGAGGGACAUGAUUCGGGCUGUUCGUGCUUGCAAAACUGCAGCAGAAGAACGAGCUGUUGUUAGAAAAGAAUGUGCUUCCAUUCGUGAUGCAAUCAAUGAAAAUGAUCCUGAUUAUCGGCAUCGGAAUAUUGCUAAGCUGAUGUUCAUCCACAUGCUUGGUUAUCCCACACAUUUUGGUCAAAUGGAGUGCCUCAAGUUGAUUGCAUCUCCUGGAUUUCCUGAGAAGAGGAUAGGUUACCUUGGCCUUAUGUUACUUCUUGAUGAAAGACAAGAAGUUCUGAUGUUGGUCACAAACUCCUUAAAACAAGAUCUUAAUCACACAAAUCAGUAUAUAGUUGGACUUGCUCUCUGUGCUUUAGGAAACAUUUGUUCAGCUGAAAUGGCUCGUGAUCUUGCACCUGAGGUUGAGAGAUUGAUGCAAUUUCGAGAUCCAAAUAUUCGUAAGAAGGCAGCAUUGUGCUCUAUAAGAAUCAUAAGGAAGGUUCCAGACUUGGCAGAAAAUUUUAUAAAUCCUGCUGCUUCCUUACUUAGGGAGAAACAUCAUGGAGUUUUGAUCUCUGGGGUUCAGCUUUGUACAGAUCUGUGUAAAGUUAGCACCGAAGCUCUUGAAUAUUUUAGGAAGAAAUGCACAGAGGGUGUGGUCAAAACUCUGAAGGAUCUAGCGAACAGUCCUUAUGCACCAGAGUAUGACAUUGCUGGCAUCACCGACCCUUUUCUUCAUAUCAGAUUGCUUAAACUGUUGCGUAUGCUAGGUGAAGAUGAUGCUGAUGCUAGUGACUCCAUGAAUGACAUACUUGCUCAGGUGGCUACAAAGACUGAGUCAAACAAAGUUGCAGGGAAUGCCAUUUUGUAUGAGUGUGUUCAAACAAUAAUGAGCAUUGAAGAUAAUGGCGGCUUACGUGUGCUUGCCAUCAAUAUCCUGGGAAGAUUCUUGUCAAAUCGUGAUAACAAUAUCAGAUAUGUGGCAUUAAACAUGCUGAUGAAGGCAGUCAUGGUUGAUGCUCAGGCAGUGCAAAGGCAUCGGGUGACAAUUUUGGAAUGUGUCAAGGAUGCAGAUGCUUCUAUUCGGAGAAGAGCCCUUGAUCUUGUUUAUGUGCUGGUGAAUGAAAGUAAUGUAAAACCUUUAACGAAAGAGCUAAUAGAUUAUCUUGAAGUCAGUGAUCAAGAUUUCAAGGGGGACCUUACUGCCAAAAUUUGCUCUAUAGUUGCAAAGUUUUCCCCAGAGAAGAUAUGGUACAUUGAUCAGAUGCUCAAGGUUCUGUCUGAGGCUGGAAAUUUUGUGAAAGAUGAAACAUGGCAUGCCUUCAUUGUGGUGAUAAGCAAUGCUUCUGAACUUCAAGGAUAUACAGUAAGGGCAUUAUACAGGGCAAUCCAGACAUCAACUGAACAGGAAAGUUUUGUCCGAGUUGCGGUAUGGUGCAUUGGAGAAUAUGGUGAAAUGUUAGUCAAUAAUAUCGAAAUGCUUGACAUAGAAGAUCCCAUGACUGUGACUGAAUCAGAUGCCGUUGAUGUUGUUGAAAUUGCUAUAAAACGCCACUCAUCAGAUCUUACCACAAAAGCAAUGGCUUUGGUUGCACUUUUGAAACUCUCUUCACGCUUCCCAUCUUGUUCAGAGAGGAUCAGGGAAAUAAUUAUUCAAUACAAAGGAAACUUUGUGCUUGAAUUGCAGCAAAGAUCUUUAGAGUUCAAUUCAAUUAUUGGGAAGCAUCAGAAUAUUAGGUCUGCACUUGUUGAAAGGAUGCCAGUCUUGGAUGAGGCAACCUUCGUUGGUAGAGCUGGCUCAUUACCAGACGCAGCAUCAACUCCAGCAAGACCAGCAGUUAGUCUUCCAAAUGGAGUUUCCAAACCUUCAGCAUCUCCUCUUGUAGAUCUGCUUGAUCUAAGUUCAGAUGAUGCUCCUGCACCUAGCUCUUCUGGCAGUGAUAUUCUUCAGGACCUUCUUGGUGUUGAUUUGUCACCGGCUCCACAACAGGCUGGUGCUGGUCAAGCUCCGAAAAGUGGCACUGACGUUCUUUUGGAUCUUUUGUCCAUUGGAUCACCAACUGCUCAAAGCAGCUCAUCUACAAUGGACAUGCUAUCUGCUAGUACGAAUGGCAAAGCACCAGUUUCACCAUUGGAUGAUCUCUCAUCUCUUUCCCUUUCUGCAAGAGCAACUUCAAAUGCUGGAGCUGCUCCGGUGAUGGAUUUGUUGGAUGGUUUUGCCCUCAACCCACCAAAACAUGAGGACAAAGGACCAGAUUAUCCAUCUGUAACUGCACACGAGAGCGGCUCCUUGAAGAUGACAUUCAGUUUUUCAAAACAACCAGAAAACCCACAAACAACGAUCAUCCAGGCUACCUUUACCAAUUUGUCAUCUAACGCAUAUACAGAUUUUGUUUUCCAGGCAGCAGUUCCAAAGUUUCUUCAGUUGCACUUAGAACCAGCUAGCAGCAAUACUCUCCCUGCUAGUGGUAAUGGAUCCAUCACACAAAAUUUGAGAGUUACUAAUAGCCAGCACGGAAAGAAAUCUCUUGUGAUGCGCAUAAGGAUAGCAUACAAGGUCGAUGGCCAGGCUAAGCUGGAGGAAGGACAAGUCAGUAAUUUCCCCCGUGGCUUAUGAAGCAACCUGGUCAUUGAUGUUUAUGGAGAUUCGCAAGGCCCUUGACUUUUUCAGCAUUCGACGCUCACUGGUGCAUUUUUGUGUUCUUUCUUCGAAUGAGGGAGGUAUGGCUUGGGCAACGGGACCACAUUUUGCCUCAUUUUUGAAGUCUGUUUAAUGGCUUGACGGGCUUCACAUCUUUACUAUCCCUUACUUUCUUUUUUGGCCUUCCAUCUUCCUUAGGUGAUUUGUGUACAUUAGUACAAUUUGUUCCUGUAUGAAAAUGUGGAAAUCAAAUUUUGCCUUUUGGGGCACAGAGAAGAGUUCAUCAUGUGUCACAUUGAGAACUUGUGCUUUCCACUAUUUUUUUCUCGAUGGUCAUCAUGCUGUCUGAGGUUAUAGCGCUGUUGAAUGCAAAGGCACUGGAAGACUGUUAUGUUAUUAUAUAUGAUUUGAUUUGUUGUAACAUUUUCCCCCGCGACAUCAGUAAAAUUUAGUCUCAUUAUGUUA